CUUUUUUUUUAAUUUAAGCUGAAUAUCACGGAGGUUUUUAUGAUUCUUAGGUUUUUUUGUUUUGAUCAGUUAACUUUUUGAUUUGCAAAAAACAGCCAGGAUUGGCCUAAUUAAUAGUUGUGCGUCGGUUUCGUGUUGCUGACUAAUUUUGCAUGUUAUUUCGAGAGGACAGGACUGCAUGCACACAGUUUUCAAACCCUUUCACUUUCGAAUUCUUUGUCACGUACAAGGAAAUGUUCCUUGACGCAUUGUCAAUCGCCUUCGUCAUUUUGGAAAACGUAACACCUAAACUAUAGAAUACAAUUAGAAUAUAGUUUAUCCACUUUAAUACAUAAUGGCUCUUUUCGACGUAAGUGGGUUUAAGCCUUAUUCUGAGCUCCGCGGGCAGAUUCUUCCAGCAGGUCAGACGCACCUCGUCGACCGAACCAACCACUACAAUUUCGGGACCAAAACCCAAGAAUUUGCGGUUCCUUUGGGUGUAGACCCCUCAGGGUUUCUCAAGUCCUGUAACCGUGACGGCGGUGUGUGUAUAGAGAUGAACCACGGUACGACCACCCUGGCCUUCAAGUUCAGACAUGGAGUCAUCGUGGCUGUGGACUCCAGAGCCUCAGCUGGCCGGUACUUGGCGUCCAAUGACGUCAACAAGGUCAUAGAGAUCAACCCCUACCUGCUGGGCACCAUGUCGGGCAGCGCUGCGGACUGCCAGUACUGGGAGAGACUCCUGGCCAAAGAAUGCAGGCUGUACAGACUGAGGAACAAGCACAGGAUCUCUGUGGCUGCUGCCUCCAAGCUGCUGUCUAACAUGAUGCUGGGUUACAGGGGCAUGGGCCUCUCUAUGGGAAGCAUGAUCUGUGGAUGGGACAAAGAGGGCCCUGGUCUGUACUAUGUGGAUGAUAAUGGGACGCGUUUGUCCGGCCGUAUGUUCUCUACCGGCUGUGGGAACAGCUACGCCUACGGUGUAGUGGACAGCGGUUACCGGGAAGACAUGACGGUGGAGGAGGCGUAUGACCUGGGCCGUCGGGGCAUUGCUCACGCUACACACAGGGAUGCUUACUCUGGAGGGGUGGUCAACAUGUACCACAUGCAGGAGGAUGGCUGGAUAAAGGUGUGUAAGGAGGACGUAUCAGAGUUGAUCCACCGCUACAGGAAGGGAAUGUUCUGAGUUUGACCCCUAAACACGGAUCAGCCUCAGCACUAUGAACGCAGUCCAAUGAUGCGUUUCUUUCCAAAAUUAUGUUUGAACGUUUUUGUUUUUGUUGUCAAAAUCAGAUGUCAACUAUUUCAGUGUUGAAAUAAAUCACCUACUUUGUCUUGCAGCAGAGUGUGUAAGGAAGUGUGUGGUCCAUUUCUGAUUUUGGAUCAAUUAAAUGUCAGUCAGAGCAUGAAAUGCCUCGUAGAACCAUUUAUUUCCCUUCAUAUCAACUUAACUUUGCAGGAUCAAGUUGUCAUCAUACAUUGUUAAGAUCUUUGUUUGGUUAUUGUUCUUUAUCUUAUGUAAUGUCGAUACUGUUCAUGUUAAUACUCUCCAAACUUACAUGUUUCAGUGUAGUAAUUUGUGGUUUGUGCUAACCAUAAAAUACUCUUGUCAAUUCAACACACAGCUCCAAAUAAAGACUGUUUUUCAACUC